CGGAACUGAAUGCACGACGCAAGAUGGACGCGAACGUCUGACUUUCUGUUUCUUUUUCUUUUUCGUUUCGCUUUUGCUCGCGCGAGCUACUCUCUUCUAGAUACCGCGGCGUCCCUCGAGCAGACGGCGCGCGCUGUCGGAUGAAUUGGAAUCCCAGUCAGAAUUCGAACUCCGUUAAAAACAGUCCUUCAGACCGAUUCGCUGGCAGCCGUUCGUUUCCACAGCCCAACGUUUGCUGUCUUUAUGUGGAUUCGCUUCCUGGUUGCAACACACAGUCACACAUCACAAUUCUAGUCCUUCAAAACGCAGUUUAGCUUCAGAGACCAGUCGUCGAGCAUAAUAUUUGUCCUUACAGCUUUAAAUAAACAUUUCAUGACUGUUUUACGGAAAAGGCAGUAUCUUUUUAUUCGUUUAAGUGGAAUGUCGUGAGCCGUCGAGGAUUAGAAAUAUCUAAUAUAUCGAGUGCAAAGCGAAAACCUGGGAUCUAUGCCUCGUCUUCAUGGAGAAUGUGACUACUCGAUCAACAGAAGGUCUUCUGGAGCCUGUGCAUCCAGGCUCAGUAACCUUUAAUGAGAGUAUUCUAGCCCCACUUCAUAACAACUAUUUGUACGAGGAAUCAAAAGAAUGUUUCACAUACAACUCUGCCCAUUUGAUCAACAAUGGCGCUUUACAAAAGCGGUAUGCUGCCUUUCGUUCCGAGAAAUGUGAAAAAGGAUAUUCUGAACAGGAACUUGAAGAGUCAUUUGGCUUCCUGUUGCUUGAUGAUGCAAACAGGGCAAGGAAAAUUGGCAAAACAGGCUUGUUGGUUGGACAAGCAAAAUGCACUACUCUUGGAGACUCCUCGAAAGGUGUCUAUAUCUCAAAAUACUCGGACUGCCUUGACCUGAAGCGCUGGUACGAUGGCAAGACAGGCUACAUAGUCCUUUUGAAGCUGACCAAGGGGAGAGUGAAAGAGGUUACAGACAACUACACCCAGAAUUUCACUCCUCCGACAGCUGGCUACGACUGCCACAUAUCAGAUCAGUUUGGUGCUGUGUCUUCAGCUACUAGUUCUUUCUUGGCAUAUGAGCGAACACAGUACUAUAUGUAUGAACGCCGUGAUGGAAGCAAUGAAAUAGAAACAUGUCCAAGACACGCUUGUCCGUUUGCCAUUGUGGUAUUCUCAUAUGGGAAGAUGAGCACCAUGCCAGAUUUGGAGCAAAAAAGCCAAGACAAAACAGUGUUUCAUUACCAACCAUGGAUUGGCCAGUUCAAGAUUGAAUCUACUGUCUAUGAUGUUGGUCUUCAGUCUUCGAGCGGAGCCUGGUUCCCAGCCAAACUCCCAAAGACAGUUGAAAUUGACCAUGCAAUUUGUGUGUCUGAACUGAAGAGGACCUUGCCACGCGAAAUCUUUGAAACUUGCAUUGUGGGUGAAGUUUGCAUAGAUGGCAGAUGUUUCAACUUGUAUGACGUUGUGUCCUCUAAGGCGAAAAAUGACCUGGCUCAGAUAGCCCAAGAGCUGAAGGAAAAAGACAUGGCUCUUGUUAUCCCUCUGGAAGAUUCUGGGUUUCUUAUACUGUUACACUCUUCGCACCUCUUCUCUUAUGAAGAUGCAAAGUCGGGUAAGGCAGCAGCACUUCAAGGCAUGUUUAUUUUCCCAGACUCAAGAACUGUGCCAAGAGAUGCCAAGUCUGACCUGCAAAAUACUAAGGUGUCAAUUGAAAUAAUGCAAGUAAUCCCAGCGCUCAACUACGCAGAAGCAGAGAUGGAAAAAUGUCCUCCAAACCAGCAGGGGCGCUCUCAGGUGUUUUUAGAGAAGCAUUUGCAAGACUAUGGCACUCUUUUUCACCCAGGGCUAUUGGAUGUUCCCACCAGGGAAGCCAGUAUGUUUCCAGAUCAAUAUGAUGUGCCUGGUGGUUUUACCCUAAUAUCGCCUAAAUGGUCACAGGAGGCUGGCACUCAAUUAAAAUCCUAUUUUGAUGAGCCAUGUGGCUUUACUAUUCCAGUAGGGAGGGCAUUGGAGUUACUCACUGCUGGUCGACAACAGCGUGGUGAUGAUCACGACGAUGAUGUCUAUUACUGUAUAUCAUCACCGGAGGAGGUGCCAGAGACUGAUGGCCAUAUUGAAAUGGAGGUGACAAAGCAAUCCGAGGCCAUCAGUGAUGCCUCUGACAGAAUAGCUGAAACCGUUAAUAGACAAGAAGAUGAGCAAAAGCAUUUGUCCACAGAGCAGCCUCAACCUGCUUUGCCAGAGGGGCUUGGAAAGCUGGGAACAGCUGUAGUUACAGUAGCUGACAGUGUGUUGGAAUAUCCAACUUCCACAGGGUCACCCAAAUUGGGUGAUGUCCCUACAGAGAAUUGUGUAAGUAUUGAGAAUGAUGUUGAGAAAACCUCUCAAGGUAGUACUAAAGGAGAUGCUAAAGGAGUCGGUGUAUCUACAAAAGAGACUCCCAUCCAAACUAGCAGUACACCAUUAAUCAAAUCAACAGAAAAAGGUGCUGCUGGGGGGAUGGAGGAUAAUACACAUCCUGAGAAAACAAUGCCUGAUCCUGAUAGGAAAGUAAAUCGGAGGUCCUUUUCAAGGCGUAGAGGUAGGAAGCAUAGAACUCAUUGGAAAACCAUGCAGAAUAAAAAAAAAGUUAAAAAAAACAUUGCUUUACCAACUUCAAGUUUGCCUGUCGUUUUGCCAGUGAAUUCUCCCGAUGACUCUACGAAAGACCAGAUUAAGACUGAAACCGUGCAUGCUGAUGACAUCAGUCAAAAACCCCAUUCAACUCGUAGGGGCAAGGGACGCAGGCAAAGGGGUGUGAAUCGAAAUCUGAGUAAAGCCAGACAAGCACAAGACCCUUUAUUAAGUGUGACAACUGAAACGAUUGAUGAUCAAAGUAUAAGUCCCUCAAAAAGAGAUUGGCGGUCACAUCCAAGGCGUCAAAGAUUGUGGAAUACAGAUGCCAAUCUGAAACGGUCUUUGAGAUCAGAUGCUGUAAAGAAUGAUGAGGAGACUAUAGUGAAUAUACAGCACAAUGUAACAAAACAAAGUUUGUCUAGCACACCCAAGAGGAAGAUGGAGGGAUUUAACUUGAGGGAACGAUAUGGCCUAAAGACCAUAAUCACAAACUGUGGUAGAGUCUUUGUCCCACAUGGUUCAGAUGUUGACGUAGAAUCUGCACAAAAGGAGAAAACACAUGUUGAGAUGAGCAUUGACACAAAUGCAGAAACAAUUUCUCCUGUGGAGAACAAAUCCAAUGAAAUAGUGGAAAGUAAGGGAGAAUCUCCCUUGAAGGGUAAGGAAGAAUUGCCCUCUAAAGAUCCACUGGUCAAUGACGAUGAAGACUCGGACAGCACUUCUAAAGACAUGCCAAGUGCUCUCUUGUCAGCAUUAAGGAUAUUGAGAAAACUUCACAAAACCCAUCCAUUAGAAAGUGACAAAAGUCAGGAUGUAUGUCCAGAAAAGUCCAUAAAUGCUGCAUCAAACGUGGCUGUAGGUGUCCAACAAAAUAACAAGGAUCAUCCUGUUGCUGUUCAAGCAGAUGCAACUUCCAGUGUUCCCGGAGUUUCUGACCAAUCCAUGCCCCCGGACCCAAAAGGAUACUCUCCUGACAAAAUCAAAAAGAAAGCAAAACAUGAUGUGUACAGUGCAAUAUCUAUAAGCAAAUUGAAGACGGUGCUCAGAAGGGGAAAGAGGGUGAAAUCUCCUUCCCCUGGUGACAAUGCAAAAUCUGAGCCAGAUAACGCAGGGCCAGAGUCAAAAAAAGGAAAAUUGGGCGCCAUCGUGGAUCUGAAGUGUGAUACUGCCCAAAAUGAGCUGACAGACAAAGGAUCGCAACCCAUAAAUGAUGAGGCACAGCAUACGCCAAUGAAAGGUGUGGAGUUGACAAAACAACCUGUGUCUUGGAGAGGUCUUAUUCACAAGGCAUCAAAAGAAAAUGGGUCCCUCAAUUUUGACACAUCAGCACCUUUUGAAAUGGCUAAACACACUGACCCGCAGCUCAUAUCUUCGCUUAUUGGGGAUAGGGUGGGAAGGAGAAGAAUUAGCACUGAUGGCAAAGGCAGUGCAGAGAGACUGAGCACGGGUGCAUCUCUGCCCUCAGAUGCUUUGAGUUUACUGGCUGACUUGGCCCUUGGUGCGAGUAACGAUAAAAUAUUAAAAAACUUAGAAGCCAAAGCUGAACAGGAGGCCCUUGAUGGAGUGAAGGCUAGCGGCUCCCCGGAGUCAGUCCUUCAUGCACUUCUUCGUUAUCCAUCCGCCAGAUUUAAAUUACCCACCAGGUCUCCUUUCCCAGAAGGUCUUUUAGUGACUGGGGAACUGAUUUUGGAAAUAUCAAAAGAACAUUCUUACUCACAGCCCACCUCUCCGCUGUCAGGUUUCUCUGGUCCAUCUCUCAAGGUUUCUUUUCCAUCUGGAAGUGUAGAAUCGCCUCUGUCAUUGAAAACUGGGCUUCAUCUGAAUCUACCCAGAGAUGCUGUGGCCUCAUGUCAUCAAGAGGAAGGGGGUAAAGCAGAAUGGAAGCAUUUGAUUUCUCCAAAUAAGCCAUUGUCAGAGAUCCUCAAGGCGAAACCACGGAGAUCAAGAAUUUUACACAACAGAAGCAUAAUCGAAAAGGAGGGAAUGAUUCAAGUGACGAGGAUUUGGAAAGACCCAUAUGAUUUUAAAUUUGACAGCAAGUUCACCAAUGACAGGAAAGAUAAAACUGUCACACGAGCACUUCAUGGGAAAUGGAACUUCAACAUUGAAGAUACCUAUGAGGAUGUCCAUCUCAUUUUUCACAUGUGGAUUGGUCUUUUCUAUAGUAAGCCCACGUCCAGGUUAUUUCACCUUGAAAAUUGUACUGCACUUCCAAAGGAGAAGAACGUUGAGAUAGUUCAUUUGGACAUAAACGCUAUUCAGAAUGCUGUGUCAUUGCUCAAUGUUGAUUUGAGCCAGGAAUUGGACUCGGCCAAGCCUGUGCAUGUUUCAUCAGAGGUUUUGGAUCUUUCUGUGAAAAAUGAUGAGCCUGUAAAUCUUCAUUCAGCCUCAAAUCAGAGCAUAAGAAAAGACACUGCAUCACAACCUGGUGAAAUGUCAUCUCAUAAACAUGAAACGGCACCAAGGCGUUCACCUUCUGGGACAAGUCUCUCCUCCAGUCCGAAAGUUACAGAAUUGAUGAAUUAUAGAACUCUUGCAGAUGUACCAGUGGAAAGUUCAGUGCCUGACAAUGAUAAUGACACUGAUUAUGAAAAUGACGUCACCACUGACUGCUCAUAUUCACAGCACUUGGAAAAAAACAGUGCAUACAACCAGUUGUGUGAGCAAGCAUCAAAUAUGAGAAUAGGUGUUCGGAUACUCCAACCAAAGGUCAGAAAUGCUACAAAUAAUAAAGCAUCCACCAGCGUGGCCACUUCUGGUCCCCAAAAAAUUGGUGUUUUCCAUCAAAUUCUUGGUCCCAUAAAACCAUCAGCAUUCUCAAAACAACACCAUCUGAUUUUGGGUAGGAAAAGUUUUGAUCUGGGUUUAAAGAAUGAAACUGGGCAUGUACCGCAUGUAAUACUGCAAAAGGAGAAAGUGUCUGACAGUGCAGAAAGUAAAGAGAUUUUUGAAGCAAAGAAUGAAAGAAACAAAGAUGGGUGCCCAGAAGCUCUGGUUAAUGAAAAUGUUGACAAGACUGUUGAACUUAAAACUGGAGCAUCCGCUUUGGUGGAGGAAGAGAGUGUAUCUGUAGCUGAAGAGAGUAAAGUUGUAUCAGAUGAAGAUAGCUGGGAUAGAUGUCUGACAAUGAUGGAAGAUGGAAGUGUUGAAGAAGGUGAGGAAAUGAUGCAAGAAAGUGAGAUUAAAUCAAAGGAAGAGGCAGACCUGGUUGGCAGUGAUACUGAACAUGAGACGUCCACAGCAAUGGAGGAAUAUCUAGAUGACUUUACUUUGGUUUUGGAGGAUGAUAUAAACAGUGUUGAUAUGGAAUUCAGUGACGAGGAUUCUGAAACCAAGGUACAGAAGGAAGUUUAUGAACAAAACGGCUCCACUGAGAAAUCAUCUGCCUUCACCGAUGAUGACCAUGACAUAAGGAUGCAGAAGAGUGAAAAACAACCUCAGACACCAGAGGAGGCAAACCUUGUAGAUGGUGCCCUUGAAAAAUUUAGAAAAGAUUCAUGUCCAGGUGAAGAUCAGCUCAUGUCUGUUCAAGAGAAACACACCCUUGCUGCUAAUGAUACUUCUGAUGUAAUGCAUGAUGAGGGUGAAACCAAGACUACUGAGCAGAAUAUAGUGGUCCAACAAGAGGCUCUUGACGUUUGUCGGGAUGAGUCAAAACCAACAAGUACCGUUGAACCCACCAAAAUAGAUAUUAGUCAUUUAGAAAAAGAUGACGAAAGAGAUUUAGGCCAACAAGAUGCAUUUAAUGUCACUGAUGAGGAUGAUACACUUUUUGAUGAGAAUGAAACACAAAGUCAAGAUUCUUGUGAAGAUCAAAUGAUCGAAUCAAACCAAGAAUGUCUGUCCCUAAAUAUUUGUGCAUCACCCCCAAAUACCAUGACUGACUCUCGUGAUGAAGCAGUUGCUCUAAUUGACAAACCCUCAGAAGUGGAGGUAAACAGCAUGUGCUCAACUUCCACUCAAGAUGAAAUUCCGUGUUAUCCAGAGGUAAACAAAAGAUUCAGGAAAGAGGAUUUGAAUAGGGACUUGCACUACCCAGACGACGCUGAUCACGCUGACAUGAUGCCACCUAAAACUCCAGUAAGCCCUCAACCCCAUGUUUCUACCACAAAGCCAUUAUCUGACUUUACAGGACAUUAUGAAGAAAUCCACGAUGACAACCUAAGGUGGAGUAGGAACAAAUACACUGGCACAGUGGAUUUUAAAGAUAAAUCUGCAACAACUACUGAGCAUUCACCCAAUGAAGACUCUUUUCCGUUAAAGCACAAACUCUAUCCCACCUCCUAUCAAAAAGAAGACUGUGAUUUCAUAGAGGGUGCAUCUCAAAAUGAUUCUGAACUCUAUUACAGAGACAAUUUACAUGGAUAUUACCACAGAUCUGAUGAAUAUAUGCCAUGGCAUGAUUACCAAACAGAGGAAUCCGUUGAUCACCAAUUUUACACAUGUGGAAACGACUCUGGUGGUGACAAUGGUUCACCCAUUUGUUCCAAGUACAUUACAUCUGAACGUGACUAUUCCUACAAGCACAAAGAGCAUGCAAAGACAGAGAGGGAUGACUACUGUUGGGCAGAAAAUAAUUAUAAAUCGGACACUCUAUCUUUCAAAUACCCAAUAAAGGUUACUUGCACUGCAGACUAUGAGACAGAAGUAGCCCGAAGUUCAAAAAAGAAGUCUCAAAAAAGCAAAUUCUGUCAAAAUGCUGAGUGGGAUGAUGAUCCUUCUGACAGCAUUCAAAAAACAUCAUACUUUGAAACGUAUCAAACAAAGCCAACUAGGUCGUUCACAGUUAGUUCCACUUCACAUGUUAAGCCAAGCACACAGCAAUUUGACUGGCGCAGGUAUUUCAGAAGGGAGGUGACUUGCAGUCAGCUAUUAGAUGCGAGUGAGAGGGAUAACAAAUUUGACAUUCCACCCUCAUCCAUUGUUACCAUUUUGGACAGGAAAGGAAACCGUGUUAUAUUCAAUAACUCUCCCACCAUGAAACCGUCUUUCGAUGGAAGUAGUUUGACUAAGGGACUUGAAGACUCUUUUAAUGAAUGGCAGGAACAACAAAGUAAGGCUGACGUGACCCUGUCUGCACUUGAUUGCGAGUACCUCAUCUUCUCUCGAAAAAUUAAUCGGGUUCUCAAAGAAACAAAGAGCUCUACCACGUCACACUGUAGGUCAAAUCCUGACCCGGCUUCAUGUCCCAUGACUGUUCGGUUUUCAAAUCUCAGUGAAGUAGAGAGUUCCGCUGAACUUAGUAAAGCACAACCAUCACUUACCGAUUUUAAGAUUAAAGUGGACAUGUCUGACAGGAAAGAGAUGAAGGAAACAGUGAGAAACCGUAAACCACAUCUCCAAAGACUUUUCUGUGAAAAAGGCAGUGGUGUUGAGUUCUCCGGGAUAUCACAAAUAACAGAGCAAUGCGCUGUUGCAUACAAGUCCAUGAUAAACGAUGUCUGCAGCGGGAAGACUCUGCCUCGUCCAACUGAGGCAAGAAAGAGGAAGUUUGAUGGGGGUAGAGUGGGCCGUUAUUCUGGAUUCUGUGGUCGCAUCAAGAAAGAUGUUUUUAACAGUCCAAAGUCUAUUGUGAGUCAAGCUAAGAUCAAGUACAGGUUUUAUAUCCUUGUCACAUCAACAGAUACCUUCUUUGAAGAAACCAAGAACCUUUUGGAGAUUGAGGGCCACAAACCGUUGGAGCCGGACGAGUUUGACCUCAGUGGUGAUGAUCAAUCCCCUUUGCUCAUUAUACUGAGGAAUGAGGACAUUGCAGAGCACAUAUGUGAGGUGCCUUAUUUGCUGGAAUUAAAGAAGUCACCCAGUGUCCUGUUUGCUGGCAUCGACCGACCCGAUGAUGUGGUGAACUUCACUCACCAAGAGCUUUUUGCUAAGGGAGGCUUUAUAGUAUGUGAUGAAUUGGCUCUCAACACACUUACUCCAGACGACAUGAAAAAAGUUGUUGGGAUUCUGGAGGAGUUAGACAAGCAAGGGAAAUGGAAAUGGCUUCUACACUACAGAGACAGUCGCAGACUUCGGGAAAAUGCAAGGUCCAGUCCUGAAGCAAGUAAGAAACAGCAGUUUAUAGAUUGCUGUCAGAAAGCUGGCAUAGUCGAGGUCUUGCCCUAUCAUGACUGUGAUGUCAUGUCACGGGACCGACCCGACUAUCUCUUUUGUUUGACUCGACUUCAGAUCCAAAACGCUUCUGUUCGGUUUCCUGUGUUUAUUACAGACACACCAACGGAAUCUUUUGGAACAAAUGGAAUUUUAACAAUGAACAUUUACACAUUCUCACGGAUCCUUUCAAACGAUACUUGUUCUGUGUCAUAAAUUUGUGGGGGUUUUUUUGUUUUGUUAUUUUUAUUCAAAAUCCAAUAUCUUACCAUUGGUAAGUACACCUUUGUUAAUAGAAAUAAUUUAUUGUUUAUCAUAAAUGUUAAAGCAUUUAUCUUUGUUACUCGUAUGUAAUUGCUUACAAUUUAUAAGCUUUUCACUGAGAGCUUUCCAGUUUAUAAUACAAUGGAAAUGUACAAAUGUAGGUAAUGAAAAUGUUUUAGUAUGUUUUAACCUGACGUCAUUUUUUU